CUAAACACCAACGUUUGGAUUACUUUGUUGAAAAGUUGGAUCAGAGUGGAAGUAAUGAUUCGGCUGUCAGUAAAGGAAAGAGACAGGAAGUGCCUGCUCCUCAGCUUGUACCUUCAUCCCAGAGACAACAUUUUUUCAAUUCCUUCAUUAAAGCAAAAUUGGGAAGAAUACCGGCUUCAGUGUUUGAAGUAUUUUUAUGAAACACCCCCUCUUGUGUCAGAGGGAAAGUUCUGCAAUAGAACAUUUGAUAAUUAUGUAUGUUGGCCUGAUGGUGUGCCUGGUACAUAUGUGAAUAUGAGUUGCCCUUGGUAUCUUCCAGCACCUAGUUCUGGGCAGGUUUACCGCUUCUGUACGCUUGAGGGCACAUGGUUGCUAGAGGAGAAUUCUACCAAUCCCUGGAGGAACAUUUCUGCAUGCAUGCUUCCUGAUGAAGAUUCACCAGAAAAACAGAUGCUAUUCCUUUCUGUCAUCUACACUACUGGCUAUGCUCUUUCUUUUUCUGCCCUUGUCAUAGCAACUGGUAUCCUCCUUGGAUUCAGGCAUCUGCAUUGCACCAGAAACUAUAUUCACUUGAACCUUUUUGCCUCCUUUAUACUACGUGCUGCAUCCAUCUUCAUUAAAGACUCUAUGAUAACAUGGAUGUACAAGACAGCUCCUCGUGAAGAACAGUGGGAAAGUUUAAUCUCUUAUCAGGAGUCACUUAGCUGUCGCUUGAUCUUUGUCAUGAUGCAGUAUUGUGUCACUGCAAACUACUACUGGCUGUUGGUGGAAGGGAUGUACUUAUAUACAUUAUUAGCACUCUCAGUAUUCUCUGAGCAAAGAAUUUUUCGACUUUACCUCUGCAUUGGGUGGGGUGUGCCAAUGCUGUUUGUUAUCUUCUGGGGAAUUGUCAAGUACCUAUAUGAAGAUGAGGGUUGCUGGAACAAGAACCUAAACAUGAACUACUGGCUGAUCAUCAGACUGCCCAUUCUUGUUGCUAUUGGGGUGAAUUUCUUGAUCUUUAUCAGAGUUAUAUGCAUUAUAAUUUCUAAACUGCAAGCCAAUCUACUGCAUAAAACUGACAUAAAAUGCAGAUUGGCCAAAUCUACACUGACCCUGAUCCCACUGCUGGGAACGCAUGAGAUUGUCUUUGCUUUUGUAACUGAUGAACAUGCCAAAGGGAUGCUGCGCUUUGUGAAGCUCUUCUUUGAACUUUCCUUCUCAUCCUUUCAGGGUCUUCUGGUUGCCAUUCUCUACUGUUUUAACAACAGUGAGGUUCGGACAGAAUUUCAGAAAAGCUGGGAGCGCUGGAGACUCGAACACUUUUAUGCCCAAAGAGACAGCAGUAUGAAGCCACUCAAGUAUCCAGCUAACAGCAUAAGCAGUGGAGGUACAGUUGGAAGCACAGUCUAUGCUGCCACUUGUCAGGCUACAUUCAGCUAAGAUCUCUUCGGAGGCAAGUGCAAGCGAGUGAGGCCAUCUGACUUUGAACUGUAGGAAAUAACACUGAAUACUCAGCCAGACUGAUUGUGAGAGGCUGUUGGAAGGCUUAAGCCUCUGUUGUUCAUUGCUGGAGGCAGCUGGAUAAGCUUUUAAACUAAAAACAGCCUGCUAAUGUAAUCAUUACAUUUGAUGGGAGGAUAUAAUCUCCAAAGUAAGUUUAAAGAGUCCCCCCAUUAAUAUCAAAGGCUUCUAGGUGUCUAAAGCCUAAACACUGUGUUGAUGCAGCCACAAAGCAUGGAGUUAAUAGCUUAUUAAUUAUUAUUGCAUUUCAAUAAUAUAUCUAAUUAGCAGAGAUAGGGGAAAAAAGUAAAGCCAAUGUCUCUUCUUAUGACUAAAAAGGGACAGUGAUCAUAAUUAGCAGAUAAAUUGCAAAGUAUUUCUAUCUGCAUUUAUCUGUGUUAUUGCAGGAAUGAAGGAAGCCACCCCACCCCACUCCAAUCUUGCCUGUCUAAAAAAACCCCAUUUCCAUCCACUCAAGAUUGCAAUAUGAAAACUGGGGGGGGGGGACACACACCCACACAUUUUCCAAUAGACUUCAUUGUUUGGGGUUUGUUUUUGUUGUUUGUUUUGUUUAGUGGAAGUGUUCCCUGGCACACCACUGUUAUGGGGAAAACAUACAGCAUAUGCUUUUAAAAAUAUUUGGAAAAAGUCCAUUCCACACAAUUGCCCUUAAUAUAUCUUCCCUUAAACUAGUUAGUGCAUUCUGUGCACUUCUUCUCUGCAUCACUGGAGCCCAUCUCUUCCUCAUGAAAAACACAACUACAUAAACCUGGUGAAGAAACAAUCUCUCUACAGGACAGCAGUCUUUCCCUGCCUGGACAUCCAUUGUGUGAGGACAGGGUAUUUCAUUUGAUAUCAUGAAGUCUUACACAGUACUACUUAAAGCAUUGGAAACACUACUAUCUUUUUAUCAACAGGAAAGAUCUGAAACUACUCCUAUACCAAUCAAGUUAGACAGCUAUGCCUGUUGUCAGAGUGUACACAUGCUGUAAAUUUGGAACAAUUUGCUUUGUUUAUCGCACGCUCUCAAACACACUUUCUUACCUUGAAAACUUUAAUCCAUGUACAGUUAACUCUUCACUUGAAGAAUGCAUGCAUGCCUCUUCUAUUAUUAAUUGUGCCUUUUUAAGAAUGGCUUCUGCUCUUUCAGUUUUACCUCUUACAUAGCCCUUUUGUACUUCAGAAGGCUGUGUAAAUGCUAGUAUGAGCCAAAGUAAUUAGCAGCUUGCUUUUAUAAGGAUUUUACACUGGUUAAUAUGUUACCAUUUACCCCUAUAGAAGCAGCAGAUUACAUGGCAGUAAACAGAUUACAUGGAGAAUUCAUACUUUUUAUUGGGCUGGCAUGUAUGGAGACAGACAUGUAAAAGUUAAUGCUAAUCAUUUGCAUACAGGAAACUUGAAUUUAUAUAUUGAGCAUCUAUUUCUUUCCUCUAUAUGUUACAGCUGCAAGGUGUUUUAUGCUAGGUACUGGAGAAACUGGCAAAAACACCUCUGAGUAUUCCUUGCCUAAGAAAACCCUAUGAAAUUCAUGGGGUCACUAUAAGUCGAUAGAUCACUUGAAGGUGUGUGUAUACACACUCAAAGCAAAAAUAUUGGCUGAGCAGAUGCAGCAUAUUUAUUUUCAGCACUUUGGUCAGCCCAGUUUUAUGCUAGACCUACCUAAAAUCUUGUUGUCAAUAAGCCUUUUAAAUCUUAGUAAUUAAAUAGACUUUUCAAUUGGAAUGUAUUAAUAUGUAUAUAUUAACUCCAUGUUAAUCUCUGUAGAGUGCAAAUCAUUCACAAAAUGUUCAAUUAUGUAUAAAGAAACUGGUUUCGAAGAUUAAGAAAUGGUGAGCUGAAAAACUCUUACAGGUUAAAGCUGAACUGUUUGAAUGUUUACAAAAAUGUCCACAGAGUUACAUUCAAAAUAAAAUCUGGCAAUAGAUUUGGAAUUCAGUUUGAAGCAAAACAACUCUGGACUUGGAACCUGUUUACCAGAAUUUGACAGGAUCUGCUGCAGAUCCAGAAUAUUUUCUGCAUUUUGUAAGGUAUGCACUGAUGUAUCUUGUGUCUAUGUGCUGUAAUAUCUCAUAAUUGUUUCCUGUCAAGAAGACUGUGCAUACCCUGUGUUUCCAACAACAUCAGAGAAACCUUUCCCAAUACUUUUAAGUCUCAUCAGAUGUGUGUUGAAGGCUCAUGUACUUCCAUAUCCAGUUAUACUAGCAGAGGGACUAUUCUCAAUGCCUGGUAGGACUUUUAAGAGAACUCCCUGGAGAUAAUGGGCUACCAAAACCUACUGCAUUGCAGUAGGUUAGCUAACUGAACCUGGGUCAUCUGGAAUGGAAGAAGGAGGUUUUAGUGGUAUACCACAUAUAAAAUCUGUGGCCAUCUCUCUGUUUUUUAGGAAUAGCACCAGUUGUCCAUGUCUGAGAGAAAACAUACAAAUCAGACACUUAAACUACACCACAAAUAUACAGUGCAAUCCUAUGUA